AUGUGCCUCAUCCUCAUCAUACUUGGUGUUGAAAGGCUGGCGUUUUAUAUGCGAGAGCGCAUGAGGUGGGAAAGAGAUCUGAGAGGAUUCAAUUUGCAGUCGUUUCAAUUUACCUAUAGACAAAUCAGAGCUGUCACACGCAACUUUUCAGCUUCAAAUAAACUUGGGCAGGGCGGUUUUGGUGUUGUUUAUAGGGGUACACUCUCUGAUGGCACUGUAAUUGCUGUGAAACAGCUUUCUCAGACAUCAAACCAGGGAGACCGUGAGUUUGUGAAUGAGACUGGGUUGAUGACUGCCAUAUAA